GUCAAAAGUCAGCUGCAAGCUGCAAUCGGAGAUGAGCUGUGUCUCGGCCGAUUUAUUUAUUACUUUCUCAAAAUAAUAAUUCCAAUAUAAAUAUUUAGAAAGUGAUAUUUACUGUAAAGUACAGUUUCAGCGCCAAUAUUAUUCGCAAUGUGGCAGCUCAUAUGAGAGUUAUCCGUGUGAUUCAAUUCACGAGAUCGAAGAACGGAUGGAAUGUUGGUGCUGUGUACAAGGUGGCCGGAAUGAUGCUGGUGCGGAUGAACAUGCGGCUGGCGCUGGGCGCGCUCUGUGCCGCCGUGCUGGUGUUCACACUGUUCUGGGGACACUGUGGAGACCUCUCACGGAGACCUAUAGGCUCAGUGCUAUCGAACGCACUGUCAGAGCGCGCCGCCCCGGACGAGAUCGAGUGCACCAUCAACGGCGAGUACUCCGUGACCUGCCGCCGCGACCGCGAGCACGACGAGGUGUUCGUGCCAUUCUCACUCGUGCACAAGUACUUCGAGAUUUAUGGAAAAAUAACAACAGCGGAUGGUGUAGAGAAAUUCGAAUGGUCACACAGCUACGGUAAGAUCUACCAUCCAAAGAAGAAGUAUGACCCUCGAGGCACGUUCACCACGUUUGAGAACUAUAACGUGGAAGUCAGGGACCGCGUCAAAUGCAUCAGUGGCAUCGAAGGUGUACCUGUGAGCACGCAAUGGGAACCACGAGGAUUCUACUAUCCGACACAGAUAGCGCAAUUUGGACUCGCCCAUUAUAGCAAGCACAUCACAGAACCAGAACCGAAAAGAAGAAUAAUAGACGAUGGGGAGAAGCAUUUAGAAAAUUGGAUCAUCAGUAAGGAUGCUUACAUGGCGCGAGAGUUUGAUACUUCUGUACAAUCGAAUGUGUUGAGGUUUUCAACAUCGGACCAUGCGGCCAGUCAAGUUUGGCUCAAAGUGAAUGUGACGCAGGACUUUGUGCUGAGCGUGGACUUGCAGCUGAAGGCGAACUCUUCUGUCACUGUUGUGCUGCAGAACAAGGAUAAGAAGGAGACUGUGUACCUCCAUUAUGUUACGAGCACGCAGUUAAUUUGGGCGCAGGACGACCACAUAUACUACGGGAUAGGAUUGGACCAGCAAUGGCGCCGUAUCACCAGGGACCUGAUCAUUGACAUGCAGAAGGGCUGGGCUCUGCAGGACAGGCCCAAGAGGAGGUCGCCUAGGAAUAAGUUCAAGAUAUCGAGUAUAAUCCUGAGCGGCAGCGGUUCGCUGGACAACGUGACGGUGUCGUGGAGCGAGCACAUGUGGCAGUUCUACGCGGCGGCGCGCUGGCUGGUGCGGGCGCAGCGCACGCGCAGCGGCGGCUGGCCCAUACCCGUGCGGCGCCGCAUGGCUGCCGGCGUCGCUGAGCUUAAACCUGGCUGGCACUCGGCCAUGAGCCAAGGGCACGCCAUCUCCCUGCUAUCCCGCGCGUACUACGAGAGCGGCGACGCGACGUACCUGCAGGCCGCCAAGCGCGCGCUGUACCUGCUGGACGUGCCCAGCCACGCCGGCGGCGUCAAGGCCAUGUGGAUGGACAAAUAUGUUUGGUACGAAGAAUACCCAACGAAACCACCUCUAUUCGUCCUCAACGGCUUCAUCUACACGUUGCUGGGCCUCUACGACCUGCACAUCAUCGAGGGAGAGAACUCAAUCUCUUUGGCGAAAAAAAUGUUCGACGAUGGUAUGACAUCCUUGAAGAACUUGCUCCCGUUGUUCGAUACAGGUAGUGGAAGCUUCUACGACCUAAGGCAUUUCACUUUAGGAGUCAGCCCUAACAUAGCCAGGUGGGACUACCACGCGACACACGUCAACCAACUGUACCUCCUCGCGGGCCUAGACAACGACCCCAUACUUAUAAACACGGCUAAACGAUGGGAAGGCUACAUGCAGGGAAAGAGGGCAGCACAUAAUUGAGAUCAGAUCUCUGCAGGCGAAACCUGCGUUGUUAUUCUACUAAUCUGUUGGGAUGCGGAUGGAGCCACGUUUUCUAUACACGUCUAACAUAUUUCUCACAAUAGCUAUGAUAUAUCCACGGACUUAUACUGUUUGUUCGGUGAGAUAACGGAAACGUGGCAAAAAGACGUUAUUCAAAAUAACGUUCUCGUUGGUAAAUCGGUUUAUGAUUGAGUUCGGCGCAAGUCGAACGGUUGUUAUUGGUUCGGAAUCGGUAUCGCUCUAUAACGGUUUCGUAUUCCAAAUAUGAAUUCAAACUCUGUUCGUUCGAUGUUUGAACGUACCGAAGUUUGUCGGAGAUACUCGAGUCGCGUGAUUCGAGUUCGUGUUUACGAAUUUAGCCGAAGGUAUGCCGAAGUUACUUUUCAAAUGCAGAAUUGUAACCGACUGAAUGGGUUUUCGGGGAUUUGAGCCAAAUUGCUCUGGGACUGUCUGACUAUAAGGUAUACAAAAAUACAUUGGUUAGUUUAAGAGACCGAUCCAAACGGGUGUAAAUAAUGUCACGAGAAAAUAAAGUAUUUUUCUACGACAAACACAUCAAUUUCUAAGUACCUCCAAUAUAAGAAUCUGUAGGUAAAUAAAGUUUGUACAGUUGAAUAUUCUUAAAGGAUCAACUAGAGCCAUAAGCAAUAAACGUGUUUAGAAACGUUUCUCUUUGUAGUGUGAGUUUAUUUGAGAAUCUAAAUUAUUACAUACAUAUCAUAUCAUAAAAUAAAAUCGCUUUGGAAUAUUAAUUUUGCGGUAGUAGUACUCAAUAGCCAAUAUAUUGCAAUAGUUUAGUUGGUCCACUAAUUCAGUGCCAAUAACGACUUCUCUAGAAUACAACAUAACGUCGAAAAUUCAUUUUAUGGAGGAAACUUUGUUAAUACACUUAUUUAACAAAAAAUAGCUCCAUUUGGGUAUGUUGGUACUAUAACAUGGCGCCCAAAAACGACAACAGCGCCACCACACGUUGCUUAUGUUACUGUAACUCCAAUAUUAAUUACUCUGUAACCCUAGUCUCGACAAUUACACUCGAGUAUUCAACCCAAAGAGAAUUUAUGAAUUUGUGUAAUUAUAUUGUUUUUAUAACAAUUCGAUCAAAUUCAAGCAUUAACCGUUGAAGACUGAUGAAAAAAACAAUUUGUAAUAUUUAAAUAAGAGUACUGAAGCAAGUUACAUGUGUCUAGGCUAUAAAUUAUUAUUAUUAGUUUAUACUUGCAUUCUAAGCAGAGGGCUUAGUAUGUGUUUAUUUUACGUUUAACAAGACGGCGCUCUGAUUGCUUGGUUCACUCGAACCGGCGAAUCAGAGAGCCGAACGCGCUCUCGUUUUCUUUUCGUUCAACGUAAAGCAAACUCGUACUAAGGGUACUGGUUUAAAUAUUAUAGCUUUUGUAAAAUUGGCUCAAAUCAUUUGCGGAAUUUACUUUUCUCGCUGAACUUUAAAUCUCAUUUCCAAUACUUCCAAUUUAAGCCAUCUUAUUAUUCGUAUUGAUUAUUUCAAGCAUCAAAUAGAAAUAUUUUUUCUAGUUAUUAUCUCGGAGUCAAAUAUCAGUAAUUAUAAGGAAUAAUUUUUUACUAAUUUGUAUACUUUUAUAGUAUGUUAUUUUGACAUGAAUAAUUAAUUAUUAUUAUAGAAAAUCAUAUCAAACGGUAUAUAGAUUGACAUAUACAUAGAUUUUAAUGCGUAAUGAAAAAUAAUCUUAAACUUUAAAUAAUAUAUAAAUUAACAGAGACUAAUACAGUUACACCAAGCCUUGAUCUUGAGUUUGACAAUGUAACAAAAGAAUAGAAUCUAAUAAUAUUAACUCUUUCCUUAGUGUGUGACAAAGACAACUACAUUUUAUGUCUUUGUUACUCAACAAUUCAACACACACAGCGCCAUUUCUCUAAUUUUAGUCAUUUUCUUGCCAUAUCAGAGUUUUUUAAUCAAAUUAUUUAUUUGUUUCUAACAUGUUUAUAGAUUAUUUCGUUACAUGAACGCAAAUGCGCCUCAAAUCUAGUUUAGAUAUUCGCACACCACUGGACAUUAUUGCAAAAAGAGCGAGACAUUUAAUUUUUCAGUAUUAUGAUAUUUUUGCGGUAGUCUCCAGUGUGUGUAUGCUUCGAACCUAAAUUGUUAUUACAAAAAUGACAAAUAACUAUGUAUAAUUCUUAUAAUAUAAGAAUGUAUAAAAUAUAUAUUGUACAUAAUGUAUUUGGUACUAACUACGUAUGUAGAACAUUAGUUUUUGGUAAUAGCAUCUGGUUUCUCUUUCUAUGAGUAUACGUAAUAUUUAUAAUCUUGCCGUGUUUUUGGAAUUACGUUAAUUUUCAAAUAUUUCUCCUUAUUUGUGUUACACCCUUAUUAAUGUAUUUUCUUAUAAAUCUGUCUACCUCCUUCGUUUUCUAAUUUGGGCUAAAUAUUAUUGAAUUUUCUGCAUUUCUGCUUGACUUGUAUGCAUGUUAAUUAUUGCAUAAUUAUGUCAAUUGGCCUCUUUGUGAAAAUUUUACAAUCGUUUCUAUAUUUACAUAAAUUUUUGUUUUAUAUGUGUUUUAUAUUUACAUAUUUUACUUUCUACUUAAUAAUAUCAAGAUAUUGUUAGAUACAUAUCAUACCGAUGUAAAUAAUGUCUGAAUGUUCGAGUUUCCUUCUUAGUGACAAUACUAUCUAACGUAGUUACCUGUAACUGUAUUGUAUGAUACCAUUUCUCAUUAAAGUCUUAGAUUACGGCCGGCUGUGAAUCUAUGCACAAAUUUUUACAAAAGUCAAUUGGAAAUAUAAAAUUAAUAGUGAAACAAUACGUAAUUGUUCUUGAAAUAAAUUUUGUAAAUUCAAAGCCCCCGCUGUCUUGUAAUACACUAAAACAUUGGAUAAGACUUUAAUCGACGGUAGUUCGUAUCGACGUACUUUUGUAGGAGAAACUUUACAAUGAACUUGUAGCAAUAAUAGAUACUUAAAUGUAACAGAAAGUACAUCACACCAAUCUCUGGUACACUUCAAAAUUUACUUUUUAAACAUUAUUUUUGGUUUAUGCGAAACACAUGCGUUACAUAUUUUGAUGUAAAAAACUUAUGUACAAAAACUGUAGCAUGAAAAUGAAUAAGUUUUAAAGUUUUCCUGCACAAAAGCAGUCACAGUAAGCAAUGGUAGGUACCUAGUCACUAUUGCGGGCGGUAUAAAAUCAUUGAAAUCGAUUCAGUUACUUAUGCUUAACAAACUAUAUUCACAUUUCGCAUAAACUAGAAAUAAGGUUAUAUACUUAGGUAACUACUUAAUUUGUGGGUUAUGUAUGUAUUGUAUAUUAUAUACCUACAUUAAUUUUAUUUUUGGUUGUGAUGAUUAUGUUUGUGAUCCACAAUUUGUGGAUAGCGUUUUUUUAAACGGAUUGCCGUUUCUUAUUUAAUAUGGAAACUAAUGAUUUACUUAACAUUUAAAUUAAUGUGGUUUUUGUCUCGUUUAUUACCUAAGUAAGUUUUUAUGUAACUUUUCCUUUAGGCGAAAAAUAACAAUACGAUAGUCAAUGUAAACUGUUAAGUGGACUUUAUAUACAAAUUUAAUAUGUAUUUAUAGUUUUGUUAAUUAGUAAUAUUUUGUGCCCUUACUUUGUGUAUCUUGUCUACGUCUCUGCCUAACUUUUCGGGCAAUGUAGGCGUGAGGUUACGUUUAUGUUAAAAAUCUAUGCGUGGUGCUAAAUUUUACCCGCUUUGUAUUUUCGAAAGUCAAAAUUGAACAUUCCAUUUUUAAAAGAGCUUAAAAUCUAGUAGAUAAUGUAAAUAAUGUUAGUAGAUCUAUGUUUUUUUUUUUAUUUUACUUUAUUAACCUACGACAAUUGUUUUUAAGGUAUGGUGUUACAAGAGUACCUAUUUAUUUUAACAUGAAUCACAAUAUUUAAUUCUAAGUAAUUUAUUGAAAUAACAAAACAAUAUUCAUUGUUUAUUUAAACAUGUUUUACCUGUUAACAUUUUAAUCCUGUUUGCCUUUUCGUUCCUAUAACAUAAUUAUGAGUAGGUAAUUGUUAUAAUAAAAAAAUAACUUAUUCUGCAUUUGUAUCGACAUUAGAUUGUAGUGAGAUAGUGAAUGCACUUGUGAAUGACAAUAAAGCAUCUCAAAUAAUUU